AGUGCGUCCUUGGAACCUACUUAGUGUUCAAGCUGGGCGCCGCCCUGACAUUUUUGCACCGCUCUCUGAUCCACUGGCAGUCGCGCUGCACUGCCAUUGGGGCGACAGACUGCCUGCGCACUCGUAGCUUCCGUGCUACAUGUAACUUACAAUGUCUACCAGCAUGCCAGCGCCUCGAAGACGUCCGCCAUACGAGGCUCGCAGUUACCGAAUACAACAUUGCGGUGGCGCCCGUAGUGGAUGAGGAUCUGCGGAACGACGCCCAGCCACAUUUCCCACAUCCACACGAAUACCGCCCGACACAUUUUAUGAAGCGCAACAUGAGGGGUCGAACGGACAUACCGCCCUCGCCCACAAGCAUUAUUCCAAUCUACGACUCGGCAUGACAAGUCUUACAUUCGACAAACCGAGGACCACAGUCAACGCACCUAGGAGUCCUACGGUCGUUGAGCCCACUCUUGUAGUCAAUGGAGCAUCAGGCAACGAAGGCACGCCUUCGGCGAGCCGAUCGAAUCACCUCGCGGAUGAAGCAAGUCCUGCCACUGAUGGAAGCGCUCCGAGAGGUGCUGGGGUUCUAUCUUCCGACGACCCUUCAAGAUCCCCAGUUAAUGAGACGCAGCUUGCCAUUGAAGAAGGGAAGGUGCACAUACUUGUGAUUGGCAAGACAGGAUGCGGCAAAACGACGUUCAUUAAUCUCGCGGCGGAUAAGGAUCUUCCUGUUGGAGAAGAAAGCGCGCUGUCACCAUGUACCACGACGAUACAGCGAGCUGAGUUCGGGCUGGAGGGUUACCCCAGACAGGUGGUGUUGUACGACAUCCCCGAUGUCGUGGAGUCUGGGAGCCAACUUGCGAAGGCCAAGGUCGUCCCAAAAGAUAGGAGCCAGCAGCGUGCAUGGACUGCUGUCAUCUAUGUCAUCGACAUCACAGUCAACCGCGCCAACCUCAACCAUGACGAGAACUAUCAGAUCCUCAACGAGCUCGAUAAGCGGGACCAGUUGCAGGAGUUGCUUUUUCUUGUCUCCAGAUGGCCGUCGCAAGAGGACGAGGCUGGCCUGACAAGGGCAUCAUCGAGGCUGCGUGAAUACAGGCGAGACUACCUCGAACCGUAUGUCGGAAGGGGCGCAAUUGUGCACGAAUUCAACAAGGACAUGGGUAACGAGAAAGCGCGCGCCAUAGUUCUAGCCCUUGUGGGGAGCACAUUGGCCGCCAAGGGUCUGAGCAGCCCAGCGGCUGCCGAGGAUAUGAGCAGCCCGGCGGCUGCCGAGGGUAUGAGCAGCCCAGAUUUCCUCCAUUUGAGUGUGAGACUGAUUUUCCAGCAUAGGCAGCAACACGGAGAUUCGCAAACGCUGCAGCUGCAUUCACCGUCUCCGGAGUAAACUAUCAAGAUCAUGUGUUAUAUGUUAGCGACAGAACAGUACAUAGGAAGAUAACAUGAUACCAAGUACCUAGCUUCCUCAAUGCGGACUGGCACCGUUGCGUUGGCACGGUAGACUUGAUGAGUACCAUUCUCCGAGACGAGCGUGCCUGUAGUCUCAGGAUUGAGUACUCGAGUGAACAUGCACACAGUCAAAACUUUCAGCGCGGACGAGCAAUGUAAUGACGGAUGUUAAGUCUG